AUGGAUAGAAGAAGAGAUCCUCGAUAUAAACAGCAAGAACCAGCUCAUCAUUAUGAUGAUCGAUAUAAUGCAACUUAUGAUAAUUAUGAUUACGAAGAGGAUUACGGUAAUCAGUAUGCGAACACAGUUCCACAUCAUCACCAUCCUCAUCCACACGCUCAUCCACAUCAUCCAGAAGAUCAUGGAUAUGAUGAUGAAGACGACCAUUGGGGCAAUCAAAGAGAUCAGCAUGACUUUUAUGAUACCGUACCCGCUACGAAUCUUCCACCCGUGAAGCCAAUGGGUCCUCCCAAAAAUCUUGCUCGUGUUCAAAUUUCCACUUCAAUGGCACCAAUGGAACCAGAAAAUGUGGCGAUUCCACAGGCUCCGCCCCCACCAAGAUUCGGUCCAACUGGUGGGUACAACAAUAAUAAUGAUAGAAAGACUCCAGUCUCAAAAUAUGGAAAUAUGGCAACAACUGAUUUGAAGAAUAGAAGAGAAACUUCUGAUGUUCAUAUUCGAUUUGACCCUGCAGCGAAACGAGAUUUCCCACCAAAGCAGACAGCAUUUAUUGAUGGAUUCAGAAAUGGAGACACUUCUGUUCCAGCUGGAAAGAAAAAAGAAACUGGAGGUCAAACUACAAAUACAAUCCGCUCAAUUAUCAAUAAUUUGAAAAGUGGAGGAACGGAGAAACAAGAAGACACGAUUCCACGUAGUCGUGUCUCCACAAAUCCAUUCAUGAGAGCCAAUCAACAACAGCAGCAACAACAACAACAUCUACAUUCACAGAAUCAUAAUACAUCUCGUUUUGAGGCUAAAAACACUUCCAAAAAUGUAGCAGAAGUUGUUGAGAAGAUGAAUAAUGGAGACUGGCCUAUUCAAAUUGAAGAUGAAGAAUCUAUUACUCCUCCAUUGGAUCCGAAACGUGGACAUCAACAACAAUCAGACAAAGCACGUCAAUGGGAAACUCUUCAUCGAAAGAAAGAUGAAAAAAGAAGUAUUCUGGAAGACAUUCCUCAUCUGACAGGAACUCCGCCAGCACCUCCACUUCCAGUUCAACAGCCACCUCCUUCUUCUCAAAUACCUCAGAAACAACAACAUCCACAGAUGCAAAAACAACAAAGUAGAGAAGAAAAUGAUAAAAUGUCAGAUAAAAGUCACGAAGAAGAGCAUACAAGUGUUUCAACGGACUCUGCUCUCUGCUCUGAAAGUUCGGAAAUUCGUGGACCAUCUCCAUACAAGCUUCCAUUUGAUUCACAGAAACCUGGAGAAUUGGCCGAGGAAGCUGAGAAACUUCUGUUUUAUUUCAAAACUCAUAAGGAAGUUUUGAAUUAUUUGGGAAUCGGAUUGACAGAUCGACUGUGGAAACAUAUUCAAAAACUUCCGAAUUUCGAGACAUCAAUCCGUGUUUUUAAGAAACAAGAAGAGAUAUCUGCAUCCAAACCCCCUCCAGCUCCACCAAUCAAUCAAAUCAUUGCUCCCCCCUCUACCGUAUCUUCAAAUGUUCCUCCUGCUCCAAAAAUUACUAUAAGUCAAUCAUUUGCUCCACAAGAUCGAAAGAGCCCCAUCGGACACUCUCACAAUCGCAGUGUUUCCCAGAAUGAAGAGCUGUCUCCUCAACCGAAUGGUUUCGGGAAUGAUGAGAGCAGAUUCACCAAAAAUCUAGAGAGUUCUACUGGAAAUAACAGAGGAGACAGAUCAAACAAUGGUGGAAGAUUCGUGAAGAAAUCAGCAGCUGCCCUGAUUGCAAAGAAACAAGGAAUGCAAUCGGAGGAUCCGAAUUCUGCGACUGAAAUAAUCGAUCCUCGAAUUGCUGAAGAAAUCAAAAAUCUACGCGACCGAGAAGAAGAACUAAAAAGAAGUCGUUCUGAGCUGGCACUUGUCACUAGUCCGCCUCCAAGUUCAUAUCAAAUGAGUCCAAAGAAAACAAGUCCAGGAAGCAAUAUGAGAAGUGCUCAGUCAUACGAUCAUUUGGAUAACUCGAUUCGUUCACCAAUCGAAAGAUCUCAUUCUUCUCAUAAUGUAUAUCAUAUGAAAAAUGCAAUGAAUGGCGGAGACUCUUCCCCAUAUCAUCUUGGAGGUGCGUAUGGAAAUGCGAAUUAUGGAUCAAUGCCAAGAGCACAGCAUAGAAAAGAAGGAUCGUAUCACCCUCAAAUGCAUGAACAUCGAACCCAUGACGGUGGAUAUCGGCAAUCUCGAAACGGCGAAUUUUUUCGUCAGACACCAGCCGCUUCUGAGACGACGAACGCCGGUUGGCAGAAAUCCGCUGCGUCUUUCGAAACGAAGCCUUCCGUCGCAAUUCAUUCAGGCCUACAGCUUCCAACCGCCAACAUUUCAAUUUCAUCUUAUCAGCAAAGAUCCAGCGACAAGUAUCAGAAUCCCAAGUCAAUGUACGGUACAAAACAACACGACGCGCAUCGUAAAAUUGGGCUCUAG